GACGAAACUAACAACUAGCAUCUUCGCAGGUUUCCAGAAGCUUCAGGUCAAUCUCUUUUAAACCUCUCAUAAGCUAAGCCAAACCUAAAGCCUUCACCAUGAUGCAGAUCAGCAACGACCCAGCCAGCAACAAGCACUCCCUCCUCAACGUCAUGCACCGCUUCAUAGCAGCUGCUAAUAACAUGGACGAGACCAUCAUGGUGCCCAGCCUGCUCCGAGAUGUGCCCCUGGAGGAGCAGGCCAACAAUAACAACGAGGAGCCCCAGGUUUCCAGCAACAAGCAGAGGGACAUGUAUGAGCACUACCUGCUCCUCAAGUCCAUCAAGAACGACAUGGAGUGGGGCCUGCUGAAGAGGGAGAUGAGCAGUGGGGCGAGCUUCCUGGAGAUUGCUGUGAAGCAAGAGGAGGAGCAGUCUUCAAUGAAGGGGGAUCUGCCUGUGGAGGACAACGCUGACCUGGAGCAUCAGUUCCAUUAUCACCUCAGAGGACUGUUUGGCGUGCUGUCCAAGCUCACGCUGCAGGCUGAUCACCUCACCAACAGAUACAAGAGGGAAAUCGGAGGAGGAAACUUCAUGAGAUAGAAGUUUCUUUACAACUGGACUGCUUUAGCUUUUUUUGUUUUUGUAAAAAGGAGAGUGAUCUGAGCAGGGCACUUUGUUUCACUAAUUCUUUGCACUCCACCACCUACCUGAAGCCAGUGAUGCAGCACGCUUUGGCCUGCCCCCCUCUUAAAGGCCGCCUCUGUGCUCUGCAGAGGUUUUCUCACUCUUUUUAGCCAGAUGAUGCACAGCUUUUUUUUUUUACAGAACCUUAACUUCACAUUGUUUCAGGUUCAGACAUGUUUGUGAAUUAAAAAGGUUCCUGCCUGCAGGAGAUGUUGAAUGCUGGUUGUUCUGCCCCUCCUUGAUUUAAUUUCUAAAUCUUAAAGCUGAGCUGAAGGGCUCUUAACUGUUCAAAGUUCAAUUCCUUCCUCAUAUUGGUGUGCCUUAGCUUGAUUUUCUAAAAGUACCCUGAUCAGAUCACUGAUUUUUAACACAUGUUUGUCUGUAUUUCAAAACCAGUUUUAUAUUGAUGCAUAACAUUAAUUGCAGAUGAAAUAAAUGGUAACAUUUUA